UACAAGGUAUUAGAUAUUUGUGAAAGUGCCCUGAGAUGUAGAGUAAUUAAGAAGGAAAGUCGCAAAGUUGUGACAGAAAAUGCACCCUUAAUCUCACGGCAUGAGUUAAUGAGUAGCUUAUAAUAAGUCAAAUUUCAGCCAAGCACGAGAUUAUAGCCGAAGAGAUUUGGUUUCCAAAGCGACAGGGGAUUGCUUUAAGGAUGUUUGCAUUAAACCCCCUUUGAAUGGAAACGGGAGCGUCUACAAAACAAUGUUUGGUUUAGCAAAUAUACAUCAGAACUUCAAGCCUUCGUGAAGCUUGCAAAGCGUUAUGAAUUUUGUUCAACACUCACUAACCCCUAGUGAUGUCAAGCAUGCGCCAUUGAACAGGAGAAAGACUGCAUUCCAAAACAGAAAGAAAAUCGAGAUCUUUGUGCAAUGUACUGACCUGGUUCAGCUCGACAAAUUCUCUAAGAGCGACCCAUUGUGUGUUUUAUCGGUAAAGAAGCUCGGCCACUGGACGGAGUUUGGACGAACGGAAUCAUUACCAAAUAACUUGAGUCCUAAGUUCGUCGAGUCGUUUGUCUUGGAGCCCUCAGCCUCGCUCUACCCUCGUCUCCGCUUCUCACUCUACGACCUUGCCAACUUCACCUCAAAGGACCUCCGCAAACACGACUUCAUCGGCUGCACCGAAAUUGACAUAGAUUCUUUACUGUCAGCGGAGUCGCCCUAUGUGCGCACACUCCGAGUUCCCGGUGACAUACAAACACGUGGUUUUAUCAAACUUUUCUACGAAGAAGUUCAUACAAGUCUUACGAACGUGCGCUUUCAAAUAAGCGGAGUUAACUUGGAGAAGAGAAGCUUACUCAGUAAAUGGGAUGUCUUCUUUGAACUGGAACGAUUACUUCCAGGUGGUUUCUAUCACCCUGUCUACAGAUCAGAAAUAGUGGCGCGGACGUUGGACCCGAGGUGGUCUCCUUUUGAUAUUUAUUUACAAAAGCUAUGUAAUGAAGAAGUGACAAGAGAAGCAGUGAUAUCAUGCUGGCAUUAUAGCAGUAGUGGUGCGAAUACCCUUAUCGCGAGUGCGCGGUGUCCUGUGGAACAUUUAAUUAACAGGAGUAUCAAAGUGCUUCAACUAGUCAAACCACAAAAAACCCAGAAGGCUCGUCGCGCCGGCACCGCGGGCUCACUGCGGAUUGACCACUGUCACGUGGACAAACACUUCAGUCUCGUGGACUAUAUUAGAGGCGGAUGUGACGUUACAAUUGCAUGCGCAAUAGACUUUACGUUGUCUAAUGGAGACCCUUCAUGUCGGAGCUCACUUCACAGUCUAGGCCAUGAACAUAAUGAGUAUAUUGGCGCCCUUCGAGCUCUCGGCCCUGUUUUGAUGCAUUAUGACGACGACAAGCAAAUACCCACGUUUGCAUUUGGCGCCAAAAGUAAACACGGAAUCCCAUACUGCUUUGCUCUGAAUGGUGACGAAAGUGAGCCUGAGAUAUCCAGCAUAGAGACUUUAAUCGACACCUAUACAAGAUCAUUAACUACCAUAAAACUUGGGGGUCCAACAUAUCUUGUGCCCGUGAUCAAGCGGCUAGCGGACUACGCAACUCGAGAGCUAUCCCAGGAUUCCCAGCAUUACUUGGUUGCCAUGGUGAUCAUGGAUGGAGUAGCCAAUGAUUUGGAUGACACAAAGGAGCAGAUUAUUCAAGUUAGCGGUUUACCGCUGUCCAUCGUCGUCGUGGGAGUAGGUCCAGCUGAUUUCACUGCGAUGGAAGAAUUGCUAAUCAUCCAGAGAAAGCCACUUAAAACAAGGGACGGGAGCCUGAGCCGAAAAAACACUUACUUUGUCUCACUAAGACAGCACGGGGAAAACCGUGACAGGCAAGCCGCGGUGGCACGUGAAGUCUUCGCACAUGUAUCAAGGCAAAUUGUCACUUAUUUCAAAUCAAGGAAUAUAGAACCCAAUCGUCCACGGAAAAAUAAAGCUAAGGCAGCCUGGGACGAGCCUCAACGAGCAGCAGACGAUAUAAGGCGUCGACCUGCAUCACCGCGCACACGUACAGCAUCUUCGGCCCAGGCUCCCCGCUGUCCUACCUGUGGAUCUGCGAUCGAAAAUAAUAAUUUGCUUGAAUUAUGAUAAAGGAUUUUUGGAAGAUUUUUUCACCUUCAUCCACGGGAAUGUUCCAACUGCCAUUCACUUUGUUUAUUACUGACAAGCCCUAUUCUUUGUGUUAUUCUCAAUCGUUUCCGUCACUCUACCUUUGAAAGGUCAGGCCCGUACCCAGGGUUUUUCUUGGAAGGGGGGUGCCAAAUCUGAAAAAGUGGACCUCAUUUUCCAGGGAGCGGGAGAAGAGGGGGAGUGAGUUCUCUGAUAGAAUCUGACCACUCCCGAAAAAACAAAUACGGAUUUUUUUUAUGUCUUUGCAGUAUAUCCACGGGGCGUUUUUUGUCUUCUCUCGGAUAAGGCUACAUACCUGAGUGAUCUAGCUUAUGCUUUAUAGUUUUGUCUACAAUUAGCACAUCUAUUGAGAACCGAAAGUGGACCUUCGGCCGUUGUGGGGGGGGGGGGGGGGGCUGCGUUCGCACCCCCUGCACCCCCCUCCCCCCUGGGUGUACUGGCCUGAAGUUAUACAUGGAACGGCAUAAAAAAGUAUCGAUGAUGAGCUUUAUUACUUACAUUCCUUCAUUCCUACAUUUCUCUAUUAAAUCAUAAAUUAUUAAUACUUUCUUAAGGAGAGCUUUGAAUUUAUUUUUCCUCUUCCAUUUUAGCAAGACAAAUAAAAACAAAGUAAGAACCAAUUGAGCAGAAGGAAGUUAUGACGUCUAAAGACGACAUUAUUAUUUAUGUUAAAAUAAUUAAAUACCUAUUUAAGAACCUAAAUAGCGUUUAUUUCAAUAAAAAGCUAAAAGUAUCUUACCAAUUAAAACCAUAUGAAGAAAA